CGGACGUACGCGGAGCAGGGUCUAUGCGUCUAGUCCGCCAGCGCUCGCUUUCAAACGCCGCGAAAACGUCUCGUUCGUAGCGACACGCGACCGUGCCGCACAUUAUUUCUCUUCAAUCCUGAAAAUUCCGUCGAGAUUGGUGAAUCACCCACGCAACGAUCGAUGUCCGCACGUGUCUGUCGUUCGUAGAGUUUUUCAGCUUUUUUCCAUUUGGACUUGGAUUCGGGCAAAAGUGACGGGAAAAGUGCACACAACUGAUUGAUUACUUUGUCGCACGUGCUAAUCGUGCCUAGCAAACUGAACGUUGGCCAAUUGUGUGUUUUACGUGAAAGUACAAAAAUAAAAAAGAACUGGAAAAACAAACAUGGAUAGGUGUAAGAAAACCUAACCAUUUUUGGGUGACGAGUGAAAUUGUCCGGUGAUUAGCACAUGUAUACGGGAAAUAUGGCUUUCUCAAUUUCUACUAGUUCGAUGUGAAGUUAUUGCAAUCUAAGACAUGUUAAAUAUGAUCAUCACCACUCCGUACAGGAAUUUCGAUGUCAGGGACAAGUCACCACCCAGAAUUAUUUCGGAGAUUAGGAAGAGUUACGCCAGCUGUAACUAUCCGAACAUCAAGACCAAAAUCACAGCUGACGUACUGAUGAAAUGUGGCGGCGACGGUAGCUGGUGGCCACGCAGAAUUCACAUCAGAGGUGGACAGUUGCACGUGUCGGGAGCACAAGACGGCGGUCCAACGGCCCUCAGGAUACCCCUGCGUCACCUCAGCCUGCAAACGGGACCGAUCGGCAGGAGUCUUUCCCUUUGCAGGGGCGACAACGUUAUUCUCACUCUCCAGGCUCGAAGCGAGAAGGAGUUUGACCAAUGCGUAAAAACCAUCGCCAUAGAACUGAUCCGACAAACGCCGUUGGACGCGGUGAAAUACUUGGACAUCCUCACCAUCGCCGACUGUUGGAAGCGACAGGCGCAGAAUUGCGAAAAAGACUGGAAUUACAAUUACCUGAAGGACGCGAACGAAUGUGCGGACAACGACGAAGUGGACGCGGUGCAGAACACCUCUUCCCACAGUGAACCGAUCCCUGUGAAGGAUCCCGACGUACCCGUUGUCGAGGAGAAGGCCGUCGAGGAUCUGUUGAAGAAAUGCCAAAACGUAGAAAACUACGUACCAGUAAAGGAUAAGUUGUUCUUGUUCGAGUCUUUGUGCAAACUGGGCAGGAAGGUUAGAAGUACCGAGGACGUUUCUAAUCGAGUGGUGCCCGAAUGUUGCGCCAAGAGAGCACGAUCGAUGCACGACUUGUCCAAUUUGAACACACACAUCGCGGUGCGAGAGAUUUGUAAAUAUUUUGAAAACAAAUCGGAAUAUGAGGAGACCAAAAAAGUGGAGACCAUGAGAACCAGACGAAGGUUCCUAAAUCCAUCCGAUAAUGUAUAUACCUUCAGAAAAGUAAUGACGACUUAAUGUUGCCUGUCUUAUGUACUAUUUUUUGUUAGUGAGAAUUAAUGUUAAGUGUGAGGCUUUUGUCGUAAUGGUAAAUACUUUUAAAUUUUGGGUUUAUUACCGAAUUAAAUUUCCUGAAGACACUUAAAAGUAACUGUGAUAAUACAUUUAAUUGAAUUGGCAUUAGUUGAAAUUCUCGAAACUUACUUUGCUUGAUCAUCCCUAAUUGCUAAUAGUGUUCAGUUGAAUAUUUUUAUUGUAUUCAUUAAUUUUUUUUACAAACCCAUUUUUAAUUUGGUGUGAUGUGUUGUACAAUAUGUAGAAAUUGUAAAAUUGUUAUCAUUUAAGUUUUUAAAGACUUGAAAUAUGUUUAAUAAUCAAAAAUUAUUAUAACUUUAUUCGUUCUGCAUUUAAAUAAUUGUUUGUCUUAUUUAUUGCUGUAUAUAUGAAUUUAUAAUAAAUGUUAUAUUUUAAUUUCAAUAAAAAUUGUAACUUUAUUUUAAA